AUGGCCUGCACCCGCCGGUGCAAGCUUCAGGAUAGCCAUGGCCAGCAUCUAAAGUUCAGCACCGGUUAUGUGCUCGAGGCUGGGGACGUCGAAGAGCCCAGGGUAGGCAGCGGCGGCGGCGGUGACGGCGGCGGCAUUCCGACGGGUUCCGCCACCACCUCCGCGUGGUCCCUUGUCCACCGGGGAGCAGGGCACCUCCUCCUCCUCGUCCUCGUCCUCCGGGUAUCAGCACUAAGGAGGGGCGCGUGUGCGCCCCCCGGAUGGACGGACGGACGGGUGCUGUCAACAGCAAAGACGGUGACAACACGGAGGACAUGCUGCCACGACGACACGGCGGACUGCGUCUGCAAAGCGGGUCCGGGGUGCAUUGACCCGUGGAUUUCAUCGUCAGAGGAACAGGAGCCUCCACGGCUAGUGGCCCACGGAGUGCUGCCCCCCAGCGGAGCGUCUCUCACCGGCCCUGCAGGGCCCACCACGCGGGGGGUCCCUCUACCUGCGGCGCCGUCGCUCCUCCUCGCUCCUCCUCCUCGCGUCCCCGCCAGCUGUCCCAGCUGUCCCAGCACUCGGUCUCCUGGCUGCACCUCGCUUCUAAUCCUUCCAACGGCAAACUGGUCGAGCUUACCUUAGACCCUCCAACCCUAUUCGAAAGAUCCGCAAGUGUCUCGCCUAACGUAAAUACCCUCCAACGCUUUUUCGUGCGUCUAAACGGCCACAUAAGGAUAAGAAUAAGCUCCUGCAGAAAAAUAAAAGUCUAUUGCGGGCAAAUUCCAUGCGCGCGCGUCCGCAUGCGCACACGCUCGUGCGUUAGCUGGCGGACUUUUUCCUUUGCUGUCUUCUCUAUAACCCCGCAACGUCACAAAACCCCUCGACGACCAGUCAACAUCAACUCCUGAGUGUUGAUUGGUAGAUGUGUUGUUUAUUUUUUUUCGAUCUCUCUUCC